ACACAAGAGCCUUUUGUUCACACUACAUAAAAAAUAGAAACGCACUUAUAAUUACCAUUUUCACUCAUAUUUUCCUUACUUGGUUACAUUCCCUUCUUCUUCUGCUACUGCUUUUUUGCUCUAUGAAACAUUAAGGCAAGAAGCAAGUUUAGGGUUUUCUUGAUUCCUCUUCAUUGUUUAUUUGUUUCCUUUUAGUGAGAAAAAGUAAGGAGGAGACUAAAGAGCAUCAAAAUGGGGAGAGGUAGGGUUCAGUUGAAGCGGAUCGAGAACAAAAUUAGCAGACAAGUGACGUUCUCAAAGCGAAGAGCCGGUUUGCUCAAGAAAGCUAAAGAGAUCUCUGUGUUAUGUGAUGCUGAUGUUGCUUUGAUUGUUUUCUCCCCAAAGGGGAAACUCUUUGAGUUCGCAACAGAUUCCAGCAUGGACAGAAUCCUUGAACGAUAUGAGAGGCAUACAUAUGCCCAGCAAGAGCUUCUUCCUACUAAUUCUGAACUUGAGGUAAACUGGUGCCUGGAAUACCCCAAGCUAAGGAACAGGAUUGAAGUCUUACAAAGGAAUAUCAGUCACUACAUGGGAGAUGCCCUGGAUGCACUGAGUCUCAGAGAACUACAAUACCUGGAGCAGCAGAUUGAUACUGGCCUGAAGCGCAUUCGAUCCAGGAAGAAUCUCUUGUUUCAAGAAUCAAUCUCAAAUUUGCAGAAGAGGGAAAGAGAACUUGAGCAGCAAAACAACAUGCUUGCUAAGAAGGUAGUCAGGGAAAAUGAGAAGGAACUUACUGAACGUGUACAAUUGGAACAGCAAAACCGGUUGGCUCUAACCUCAUCGCCUUUCAUUCUUCCACCGCCACCUGCACCCAUAACACUACCUUUAACUAUUGGGAACAGUUUCCGGGCAUCAGACCCUGCGAUGGAGGAGGCUGGGAUUCCAGAGAGGCCAAAUAUCAACGCUCUUCUACCACCAUGGAUGCUUCGCCAUUUGAACGAAUAGAAACUCGGUUUAAGUAAUGAAUUUAUGAGUAAUAUCACAUAUAAUCUUUUCUGCCACACUGUCUGAAGCUAAUUCUUAUGAUAUGUAUUUUGAAACUUGGCCAUUUUAAGAAUGUAAAACUGCAUAUCGCUUAUUACAGUAAGCCUGUAUAUGUGCACAUUAAGUCCAACAGGGAACCAUGGUCACUGCAUUUAUUAAUGCAGCUUACCCCAA